CUUUCUCCAUAAAACCAGGUGGACUCAGAGAGGAACAUGGUGUACCAGACUGUUCUAGCUGCUGAGAGGGUGACACCAAAGCGAGACCGGCGCCCAUUCCGACACAACCAGAACCUGGCCCCGCCCUCUCCCCACGGCAUCGCGCCUGGCAUCAACAGGGACGCUGUCUGUACUGGGGAACGUCAUGAGGACCAGUUUGAGAACCAAUGUCAUCAAGUGAGACGGAGUACCAGACAGGCGAGGAGGAACCUGGCCAGCAGACAGGUGGUGCAGAAGGAGAACUUUGGGGAUGACUAUGAUGUCCCAGCCGGUUUGUGGGGGGCCUCACCUACCAGAGAUCACCAGUCCAAAUUUUCCCAAGAAGUGCCUGAAGUAAUAGAACUAGAGGAUGAACUGGAAACAUCCAGGCAUCCAGGUGUCCAUGCAGAGGGCAGGCAUGGGUUUGAGGACCUUGAUACAAAACAACCAGCCUCUUCAGUUCCAGAUGUCAGACCUGGUUUAGCUGCAUUACAGACACAACAGCAGAAGCAGAGUAGGUACUGGCUGUCCCGACGUCUGUUUAUGGACAUUGAGCGUCACCAGGUGAAGGAACGGGCGCAGCAGGAGCAGCACAGGAGGAGGAUCAACAGGUUAGACCUUCUGUACCAACCACUUCAUGUUGUCACAACACACAUGUCAGAAUUAGCAAUGUGCCGUGGUGUAAUCAAUACCAGUCCUGCUUCUAAAUCAUGA